ACCCUCGCAAAGUAGAUGCGGUAACAAAAUGGCCGGUACCUCUCGCGAAAACAGAGCUGCGGAGUUUUCUCGGUUUAGCAUCGUACUAUCGCCGGUUUAUCAAGAACUUUGCAGCAAUUGCAGCUCCAUUACAUCAUGCAUUAACUGUCGGUAACGAGAAAACCUUUGUGUGGACUACUGCCUGUGAUCGUGCAUUCGCAGAGCUUAAAACGUGUUUAGUGAACGCACCGGUCUUGGGCUAUCCAAGAUCGGACGGGGAAUUUAUUCUUGACACCGACGCGAGUGACUUCGGCAUCGGUGCUGUUCUGUCUCAAAUACAAGAUGGCGAGGAAAAGGUAAUUGCUUACGCUAGUAGAACAUUGAGCAAGAGUGAGCGUAACUAUUCAGUGACGAAACGAGAAAUGUUGGCUUUAGUUUUCUAUACCCAACAAUUUCGGCAUUAUCUGUACGGACUGCGUUUCAUUGCGAGAACGGAUCAUGACGCCUUACGUUGGUUAACGAACUUUAAAGAACCAAACGGGCAAGUAGCACGUUGGCUAGAAAAGCUUGCAGAAUUUGAUUUUAAGGUGCAGUCUCGACCUGGGAAGCGACAUGGAAAUGCGGACAGUUUGUCACGACGGCCCAACCCGUCUAUCGAAGUUCAUAACGUAGGAAAUAUGGAACUUGAAAUACGGACAAAUUCUGAGAAAGCUUGGUGUCCCACGUGGACGUCCGCUGAGUUACGAUCUCUACAGUUAGCUGAACCUACGAUUUGCUAUGUGUUGUCUAAGAAGGAGAUCCAUGUAGAUCCUCUACGAAAAGAAGAAUUAAAAGGAUUAAGCCGAGCUGUGCACAAUUUGUGUUCACAUUGGGACGUUUUGGAAAUUCGUGACGGUGUUUUGUAUCGUCAUUAUGAAAAUGACGAUGGCACAACGACGGAGCCCCUGUUGGUAGUACCUCGUUGUUUAGUGAACGAUGUGUUAAGAAGUCUGCAUGACAGUCCAACUUCCGGUCACCUGGGCAUAACAAAAACUCUCUCGAAAGUACGACAGAGAUUUUACUGGCCUGGUCAACGUCAAGAUGUCGAAGAAGGGUUAAUGAAAUGUAAAAAGUGCGCUGUAGGUAAGGGUGCAACAAAAGAGAAUCGGGCACCACUGGUAAUUUGUCCCCCUGGUUAUCCUUUAGAACGAAUUGCAAUCGAUAUACUGGGACCUUUACCAGUGUCUACAAACGGCAACAAAUACAUCAUGGUGGUUGGCGACUACUUGUCAAAAUGGACGGAGAGUUAUGCCAUUCCAAACCAAGAAGCAUAUACAGUUGCGGAAAAGUUGGUGAACGAAUUCAUCUGCCGUUUUGGUGCACCAGAUACCAUCCACACAGAUCAAGGGUGGGAUGAUGAAAGCCGUCAUGAAAUGAAGAUGGUCCCUCUAGUUUUUAAAUCCAAAAAGGGCAACGCAUAUGGUUACAAGGCAGAGCAAAAAUUAUACUCCUUCAUUCAAACUAUAAGCGUACGAGGCUUUGGAUUUCAUGGUUUGAAGUUUGAUGAUGAAGAAGUUGACUUUCUGUUGGUUUUUACCGGAGGCGUAGCAAUUAUUGAAUGCAAGAGAAUAAUGAAAAACAAAAUUCCACAAGCGGUCUACGAUGAUGCCUUUGGACAGUUGAUUCGACAAGAAACGGCAAUAAGUUGUUAUCUGGAUGUAUCUAAAGACAUCAACAUUAUUAAAGUCGUUUGCUUGCCGAUGCAAUCUCGCUGUGAUAUUACGGAAGAAGGUGCAAGGGUUUUUUUUGAAGAAGACUUUCUUCAUAAUGAAUUCAAGGAAUGGCUUUACAAUUUUCCUUCAAUGGAUUUUGAUUUGUAUAAAGCGAUUGUGAUGAAGUUCCUUUGCAAGUAUCAUUGCAAUGGUGGUAAUAAGUUCAACAACGAAAAGGAAUUUAAAAGGCGAGCAAUAGACGAUACUUCGGAUUGUUUAGAUCGAAUAUCUCAGAAGUAUUUCAAGACAGAUGAACAAGCUUCAGUUUUACGUUGUAUUGAUCGUCCUGGGAGAUUUUGGGUGAAAGGAGCUGCAGGAACAGGCAAAACAUUUGUUCUGAAGAUGAUUGCAAAGGAAUUUUUCGAGAAACAUAAGUCCGAUAAAAGGACAAUGCUCAUAAUAACCUUUAAUGUUGCAAUUAAUAAUGACAUCAACUCAUGGAUUACAGAAAACGUCGUAUCUGACCAAAAGAAAAUACGAGUGCAAACUUUCCGGAGACUGCUUCGUCAUAUGCUUCAUGCUUUUUCUGACGAUGUUCGUUUGCAGAACGAAAACAAAGAAGACAGAGAUAUUGUGGAGUUUAUUUUAAGAAACAAGGGAGUGGACAAGUAUUUUUGUCCCAAGUUUGUUUCACGCAAAUACACUUUUCUGUUAGUCGAUGAAGCUCAGGAUCUUUCUGGUGAAUGGAUCAAGUUACUUGAAGAUUUGUUGAUCAAAAAUAAAGGAGCGAUGUAUGUGUUUGAAGAUCCUUUUCAAAAUGUCCGUGGCACCGAAAGUCCGCAAAGUGGGCAUUUUAAUCAUUAUUCCUUACAUAAAGUUCUCAGGAAUACUCAUAACACUUUUAAAGCGUAUAAAGGAUGCUAUGAACAACUUGCCACUGAAACCGGACAUUUACCUUUACCCACCAUUGAUCACGCAGUCUUCGGCCUAGAGCCGUGGUACAAAAGUGAGAAUACCAAGGAAAAACUUCAAGCCCGUCUGUUGUCCACUGUCGAAGAAUUACGAGGGAAAGGUAUUCGUUAUGAUGACAUUGCUAUUAUAUCAUCGUCAUGGGGAAAAGUUGAUCUGGUCGAAUUUCUCACAAACAAGAUUCCAUAUUGUGAUGCUGAGGAGAGCACCAAAAAAAAGAAUGAAAAAAUCAAUUCGGUCAUCGUUGAUUCGUACCAAAAGUUCAAAGGCCUCGAAGCUAAGGUUUUGAUUUUUUACAUUCCAGUUGGUUGGACCCCUCGGUAUGAGGACAUUUAUGUGAGUUUGUCGAGAGCAUUUUGUCAUCCAAUUGUUUUAGGGGGGGGAAUGGAAAUUGACCGUAUCAAAGACUUAGGUCGGAACGAUCUUCAGUAACUGGAGGUCACCUUUUUUCGAUUUUUAAAAAUCUUUUAAU